CUGGAUAGCCUCCCGCAGGAUGUAUUGAAGAAGAUCAUUGGCCUCGUGCCAAUGCAAGCUGCUGCACGAGCGGCCUGUGUCUCUCGAGAGCUUUUACAGUCCUGGAGGUGUUACCCUGAGCUACGAUUCAGUUCCAAGACUCUAGCUCUGAAUGAACAGCACACAUGUGUACGAGAUCGGAAGGCCAGAGAGAUCCUCAGCAGGAUUGACAGCGUUCUGAGCAACCGCUCUGGAGUCUGGGUGAAGAGGCUGAAAUUUGAGUUCAGGUUUCUCCGCAAGGUGCCAACCAACUACAUCGAUCGCUGGCUUGAGGCAGCCACCCCUGGGCUCGAGGAGCUCACCCUAGAGCUGCCCCGGGAUGGCCAAGUGAAAUAUAGAUUCCCCUGCAAGCUUUUCUCUGAUGAAAAAGGCUGCUCUAUCCAGUCUCUUUGCCUCGACGCCUGUUCUUUUCACCCUGAUAUAGGAUCUUGUAAUUUCAGAAGCUUGAAGAGAAUGCACUUAAGCUCGGUGCGCAUCAACACAGAAGAAAUAGGGUCCUUUCCUCCUAACUCCCUUGCUCUGGAACAUCUUGAACGCUGGCAUUGCCAUGAGAUAGCUAUCAAUCUAACAUUAGCUUCCCUCAAACUACCUUGUACGCUGCGGCGGCUCAGUUUCUUGCGGGUGGGGCGAUGCGACACACUGCAAAUGACACAGAGCGAUGCUCCAUGUCUCUCCACCUUUCACUAUGAAGGGCCGAUAUUGCCACUCUCGUUUGGAGAUUCACUGCAACUGAAGGACAUCAAGAUAUCAGUCUACCCUUGGUUCAACUUGUUCAACCAUGCUCGCACUGUGCUUCCAACAGUUGCCCCGAACCUUGAAACUCUGUUCCUAACGUCUGCUUAUGAGGUCGGCACGUUUUCAUCAAGCAGCUGGGUGCCAGGAAAAUUUCUUCACCUGAAGUACCUGGAGCUGGCGAUUGUUGGACCAAAAACCCAAAUGGGUAGAGGAGUCCGCUACACCGGAAUCUGUAUUGGUUAUUGA